AUGCAGAAUCAUAUGGAGGCGGAGGAGUCCUGUCUAUGGAGAGGAAUCGCGGUCGAGGGUCCCAAAUCCGCCGCCGCCAUCAAAAUCACCAAGAACAGAUCUGCUGGUCUGCUGCUAUUCAAGAUCAGUCGUCGGCUGCCGCGAACAGAAGGAUGGAGAUCUGAGGUAGGAAUCCUUCUGGACGGGGUGCUGCUGGAGAUUAUGGGUGAUGAUUUUGCAGAGCACAAGGGAAUAGGAAGGGUCAUCGCGAAAGAUGGGCACAAUCAUCCACCAAACUCGACAAAGUCCUUGACCUAAUAAUGGAGUCUCCGAGGCGCUUGAUAGGCACAAUCGAAGGGGAAAUCGAUGGACACAGUCGAAGGGGAGAUUGAUGGACGCAUUCGGUCGUCGAUGCUCAUCUGGGAUCUCUUGUUCAUCUCCAUCAAUGCUCUUGGAUUGUUUAGGGUUCUUGGAGCCUGCAACCACAAGAUUCCAUUCCUUGAUGGCAUUGCGGCUGCCAAAGAGAGAGGAAGAUGAGGAUAUUUGGUUUUGGGGAUUCGCCGGCGGAGGACAAUGAAGUGGCGGCGGUGCUAAAACACGUUCAAAAGGGGGAAAUUCCCGGCGAUUGAGAUCCGCUCGAGGUUUCGGAACUGACCGACGAGGAGGGCGUUGGAGAGGUCGACAAUGGGGAUUUCUUCUUUGUUUUUCUUAUUUCUACUUUUAAUAUUAAAUAAAUAGUUUAAUAAUUCAAUAGGAUGAUAAAAGAAGAAAAAAUAUAGGCUGAUGUGUACAUGUAUUUGCCACGUCAGAGUCAACUUACAAUUGACCGGACGAAAGUUAAUAGUUUGGCUACUAAUUUUUUUUUGAAAAGGUUUAUCUAUUAAUUUAUUUGAAAUGAAAAGUUUG